AUGAUUCUGACUCUACCGUCGCCGUCGAGCUCCUUUUUGCUUCCGUUAGCUCUGACUUUACAUUCCGGCGACUUUUUCCGGCGUAUUGACAGUCAAGAUUCCACUCACGGCAACUUGAAGUUUUUGUUAUUCAAAGAUUAUGUGAAUCCCGAGUUUGAGCCAUUAAUGGCGAGUAUGGACUCAGAUAUACCACCAUGUGUCCGAUUCUCUCCCAAAGACAAUGAAUUGAUACGCGUUUUUCUAGAACCGUGGAUAAACAAUGUUGCGAUUGACAAGUGCCUCAUCACCAACGUAGACAUCUACACACACCAUCCAGAUUUGCUUGCACACAUUCCGAGCGGGUACUUUCCCCAAGGUGAAUAUUGGUACUUUGUCCUUCGGACAUUGAAAGGAGCAUCCAACAAGAUCAAGCGAACUGUGGGAAUGGGGAACAAAAACGGGCGAUGGGUACAUGGAAGGUCAACUACAAUCAGUGAGGGAGGAGUGACUAUAGGGCAUAAGCAGAAGUUAGUCUUCAAAGACAGUCAAAAUAUGCUCACGGGAUGGCAUCAAUACGAAUACAGCCUUCACUCUCCACAAUUACAACAACUGAACGUCGUGAGUCAUCUUAUAUAUAAAAUGGAAGAUGAUGCUGUCCUAGCUCAAGCCUUAGAUAUUAUGGAGAUUGACGCACAAAUGGAGGCACCGGUGGAAAAUGCUAUUCUAAAUGCAAACGCAGAAAAUUCUUUUGAAGCAAUUAUGGAGGAUUUUGGAGCACUUUUGAAUCCGAACAACAUGGAGAUUGAUUGA